AUGGCCGUAUGCGACUCUACUGUUGGUCUAGUGAUUACUAAAUUGCUAAGAGAUUAUCCAUUCUUAAAAGAAUAUGUAACAUGUUCUUCUAAGGUUUGUCAAAAUAAUUCUGAAAAGAAAUUCAUCUAUUUAACAUUUCAAAUCGAUUUCGAAAAUAAUAUAAGUAAUCCACAGCAAUUUAUUAAUGACCGCACAGCCAUAAUACACGAUAUGAAUUGCUUUCCGCAUUGUUCUGGAAAGAAGACUAUUACAUCAGCUAUAUCGAAUAUGCAUUUGUUUAUAGACGUUUUAAUCUGGGAAGGAGAAAAUAUUAUAUCUACCCAAAGGAGCAGUGAAGCAGCUAAUUUAUUAAAAGUUAAACUCAGAGACAUUCCACUGUUGUUGAUUCAUGGAACAACAACUUAUCAACCACGUGGUGCCAUAUGUUUUCAUCGUGGAAAGAGUGGCCUAAGAACUUCAGUGGGGCAUUACACAGCAUAUGCAAAAAGAAGUAGUGGUCGUCAAUGGGAACUUUUCGAUGAUAUGAAAAAAAAACCAGUUCCAGUGAAGGACACAACAACAAUAAUGUGUGAAUUUUUGAUAUAUACAGUUUGA